AUACAUUCUUCAACAAGUUAUUAUGAUAUAAAAAUAUUUGUUUUAUUUCCUUUGUCUGAUUAUCAGAAAAAACGAAAAUGAAAAUAAAAAAUUCAGUUUUUUGUCUUUUUUUAUUAAUAAUUUAUAUGAAUAAAUAUGUAGAUUGUUUUGAUGGCGUAAGUUAUAAUGAUGCAAAAGAUAUGUUUGAAACAUUUACAAAUAUUGUAAAUAGAGUUAAUCAAGCUAAAACACAAGCUGAAACUGGUACUCAAUAUGAUGCAAAUCCAUGGGGUGACCAGACAUCAGCAAUUCUUGAUGCACUUAUCAACAAGGUCGAUGCAAUAUCAUCGCAAUUAAAUGUUAUAAACGAUCUUAUGAAUUCACGUGUUGGAAAAAUUGAAAAAAUGAUUAUAGAGGUGACUUAUGGAACACAAAAAGAUAAUUUACUUCGUGAUUUUAAUAAAGCUUCUAAUCGCAUACAAUUUGCUUAUGAAAAACUACUUACGUUCGCUAAUGCUGGUAAAAAUAUAACAAAGAGAAGAAUUAAAAAUUUCAUAGAAGAAGAUAUUGAAAAUCUAGGUACUGAAGGAGUUGAAGGAAAUUUAGCCACUAUAUUCGAUAUUAUUACAAGUGAGAAUUUGAUAAAUGUUGGAAGUAGUGAGCAAUCUUUAUUAGCAUUAAUUACCAAAAAAGAAUUAGAAAAAGGUGGUGAUGUUUGUGGUAGACAUAAAUCUUCACAAUUAAUUAUUUAUCAAUUCUUUCUCACAGUUUGUAGUAUUGAAAUAUUAGGUGCAACAACACUUGCAUAUGGUUAUGCUCUCAAUGAAAUACUUCAAAAAAGUGAAAAUAAAACUGAUUUAGCAAGUGAUGAAAUUCCAGUUAUAAAAGAAGAGUUUAAAAAACGAGUAACAGCUUAUUCAAACAAAUUUGCCAAAUCAAUUGAAUCAGUAUCACGUGCUUUUCGUAAUUGUGAUCCAGUUGAAAGUCAUAUGCAUAUACGAGACGUUACUUUUACGGAGAUGUGGGGGCUUACACAAUCAAUUGUUCUGUCAGAAUUUUCACUGGCAUCACGUAGAUCAUGUGCAGGAACGUGUGCAAAUGUUCAUAAUAAACCAAAUAAUUUUCAAUUCUGUUAUAAUAAACCGAUGCAUGGCGAUAGAGUUUACAAAACAGAUACCCGAGCCUGUUGGUGGUGGUAUAACGCUCCCGAAAAACCGGAACUUUGUCCAACUCCACGAAGAUGCCAUGGACUUAUGAGCGAUUGUAUUGAAAUUACAAAUGCUAAACCAUGCAUGCUGAAAAAUGAUACACGUCGGUAUCAAUUUAUAAAAGAUGUUUCUAAUGAUAAAAGUUACGGCUUAGAAAGUGAAUGUAAAGGAUACGAAGCUGAUUUCGAGUGGAGCAAAGACGAUGUUUAUGAUUGUACAUUUUGUUUAUGUACAUGUGAUGAUAACAUAUAUACUUCAGAAUCUGUACAUAUGAUAAGUUUGAAACUAGCUCGUAGUGAUACUGCCAAUAACAAGUAA